GUGUGUGUGAGUCUGUAUGUCCUUGUUGGGUGUGGUUGGGGCUCGCAUGACAUUUCGCUUCACUGUGGAUCGAGAUCUGUACUCAACGCAACCCAAUUUUGGGUUUCUCCACAAAGCCAGCUGGUCUGGCUUUAAUUUCUUUGACUUUUUCGAGUUUUUUGCACUUUUGUGUCUUUUUUUCUACGAAGAAUUGCCCACAGCAGGUGCUGGAGGGUUCACCUUCCUGGAGAAGAGAAUUGGGACUGGUGCCAAACGAAGGACCUGAAAGCCUCAGCAACCUAUUUGAUGGAGAUGAAGCAGCAUUGAAGAUUCAAAGAGAGAAAACAGGGAAGUUGACACAGAAGGUUAAGAGCAAGUGAUUGGAACGAAUGCCGGAGUCUUUGAAUUAAGAGGAACGAGCACAGAGGACAGACUGCGUUGAGGAUCGACAAGAGAGAAAGAGAGAGAGAGAGAGAGGAAGGAGUCAAGACUUAAAGAGUGGACAAUACUUUUGAAAUAGGAAGGAAUACCAGACCGCUAAAAUGGGAAGGAAAAAGAUUCAGAUCGCGCGGAUAAUGGAUGAACGCAACAGACAGGUUACGUUUACAAAGCGGAAGUUUGGAUUAAUGAAGAAGGCCUAUGAGCUGAGCGUACUGUGUGACUGUGAGAUCGCUCUCAUCAUUUUCAACAGCACUAAUAAACUCUUCCAGUACGCCAGCACCGACAUGGACAAAGUUCUGCUCAAAUACACCGAGUACAACGAGCCUCACGAGAGUCGGACUAACUCCGACAUUGUGGAGACGCUGAGGAAGAAGGGUCUCAACGGCUGUGAUAGCCCUGAUAUCGAUGCCGAAGAUUCAGGCCACAGUCCUGAAUCCGAAGACAAAUAUCGCAAAAUCAACGAGGACAUCGACCUGAUGAUCAGCAGGCAGAGAUUGUGUGCCCCUUCUAGUUACGACAUGCCGAUCUCAAUCCCUGCAAGCAACCCUAACAGCCUGAUCUACAACCACCCCGGAGCUUCUCUGGGCAACCCCAACCUGUUGCCUCUGUCCCACCAAUCUCUCCAGAGGAACAGCAUGUCUCCUGGAGUGACCCACCGACCACCGAGCGCAGGAAACACAGGUGGCCUCAUGGGUCCAGAUCUUGGUGGUGGAGUGGGCACCAGUGCUGGUAACGGCUACGGAAACCACCGCGGUUCCCCCGGUCUGCUGGUCUCUCCGGGGAGCCUGACGAAGACCAUGCAGGCCAAAUCUCCUCCGUCCAUGAACAUGAGCGGCCGUAAGCCGGACCUACGCGUCCUGAUCCCACCUGGAUCCAAGAACACUAUGCCCUCCAUCAACCAGAGAAUAAAUAAUUCCCAGUCGGCCCAAUCCUUGAGCACACCAGUGGUGUCUGUGGCCACGCCCACUCUGCCAGGACAGGGAAUGGGCGGCUACCCAUCAGCCAUCUCUACCUCAUACGGUACAGAGUAUUCUCUCAGCAGUGGUGACCUGGCCUCUCUGACGGCUUUCAACAGCUCGGCUUCUCUUCAUCUGGGUUCAAUGACCGGCUGGCAACAGAACAUGCAGCACUCUGGUCUUGGACAUUUAGGGAACUGCACCAGCGCACAGUUAUGUCAAAGCUCCACCCUCUCCCUGCCGUCCAAUCAGAGCCUGCACAUCAAAUCCGAACCGGUUUCUCCUCCCAGAGACCGGGCGGGGGGCACCCCGGGGAUCUACGGCCAGCCUCCACCCCCCCAGCAACAGCAGCAACAACAGUCUCAGCCGGGUCACCUGCGGCACGACGCGGGCCGCUCCCCCGUCGACAGCCUCAGCAGCUGCGGCAGCUCGUACGAGGGCAGCGAUCGCGAGGAACACCGCCCCGAUUUCCACUCGCCCAUGGGACUGCUGAGAUCCUCUCAGGACGAGCGGCAGAGCCCGUCCGUCAAACGCAUGCGUCUGUCCGAGAGCUGGGCCUCGUGAUGCGCCCGUCCGUCCGUCCGUCCGUCAGGGAGGGCUUUUCUAUGUGGAGAUUUCACUUUAGUAUUAUAUUUGUUUCUGCAGCGUGUGAGUGCUACAAUAAGUAUUAAAAACGAUAUAUAAGUGGAUAAACAGGGAGGGUGGGCGUGUUUGUGAUUUGGGGUUGGGGGCGAGGGACGUGCAUCGCUUGUGCCAUGUGUGGGAAAAAAACAAAAACACAAAAAUAUAAACAUGCAAUUUUACAUACGUGUGUAUGUAUGUAUACAAGCAUACAGGAUUUUAAAGAGAAGUCUGGUACUCUUGUUUGGUAAAGCUACUUUUUAGUUCAGUAAUAUAUAUAAUGCAUUAUUAAACUAUUGAAAGACGCAUUGAUGUGUCUUUGGGCUUCGAGUUGUACAAGUAAUAUUCCCGUACGAAUCGGGGCCUUUAUGUUCACGAUCAGUGCUCACUAACUCGCAAAUGUAUGUUAUCACAGACGUUGUUGUGUUGCAGGUUCAACGUAUUUAUGUAAAUAGAGGAUGAUGAGGCUUUCGGGUAAAUAAGCUGCCAGGAUUUGCAGAUUUAUUUACGAUUAACGGAGCGAGAGAGUCAUUACGCACCAUUUUAACACGACUUUUAUUCAGGGGCCCGGGGCUGAGGAAUAGACACGAUUUAGCUUUAAAAAUUCAAUCAGGAUAAUAAAAAAAAAAAGAAUUUCUAUUGUAAAUGUUGUUCAUAUUUAGAUCUAAGAGCCAUGUUAACAACUUUAACGUUCUCUGGGCCAUGCAUUGCCUAAAUCCCCGGUGGAAAAGAUGUACUAUACAUUUUGCUUAUAUUUUCAUAAAAAUGCAGAGCAUUUGUUGCUACCUGUUGACCACGAGUCAUAAUGUGAUUUCAAGCUUUGCCGAUGUUGAACAGAGAGGUAAAGCUGUGUGAGCUCCAAAAAUAAAGCCAUAUAAACUAUUAAA